UUUUCUUACUUCACGCCGUGAUGCUACAAGGACGCGAGGAUUUAACUUGGCUUAACCUAAGUUUAAAGAGCUGUCAAUGAUUUUUCGCGUUCGUCGCGACCGUAACGCGCGUAAUAAUCGUAAAGUCAUUGUCGGAGGGACAAUCGCCCUCGACACGCGGAAAGCAUGUAGACUUUCAAGAGAAAUUCGUGUGUAAGUUGGAAGCCAACUGAUCGCGUUCGAACGAGACGUAACUUCGUGUCAUUUGUCAAUGGGAGUGUCUCGAUGGUGUUCUUGAGCAAUCUAAGCUAACUUUUUUGACUGUUUAAUGAAAAAUGGAACACAAUGAAGAAGAGUGGUCAGUGGAGUGCUCCGAUGACGAGAAGUAUGAAGUGGACGCAAAGCACGAAUGGAACAUGAAGGCCGAGGAUAUACUGUCAUUAAUUGAAGGUUUGGAGACGAACAAUCGUGUUCUAGAGCUCGAGUGGAAGUGUCCUGGUAGACGAGGGCCAUCUCCCAUUCCCUCAAACAAUCGACAGCAAGAGCUUGGCUCGCAAGAGUACAAGACCGAGGAAAAAUCUGACUUUGACUUUAUGGACGAGAUGUCAUCACCACGGCUGCCAGUGCGGAGAGUCGGUGAGAGCACGCCGAAGGGUAGCGCCAAGAAAAAGACUGCCAGUUUCAACGGUGUAUUGUCGACGAUGCUGAGACACCGUAGGCUGGAGCAACAGGAGAUCAACUCCAGUCCGAAGAAGAGCGAAUCUCCCGGUUUGAAGCCGCAUCCUUCCACUUAACGAAGCUGAUGUGACGAAGCGAUUGCACAGAAACGUCGAAAUGGCGUGAGAAAUCUAAUUCAAAGUCAUAAAAGUCUCUUAGAACGCACGAACGCUAUAAAAAGGACUACUAUAUUCACUAUAAAAGAUAUCUGCUAGAAACUAUAUGUGCUAUUAGAAAACGAGAUAUAUGUUAACUUGCUCGAGGGUAUUCUUGGUUUGUCCUCUGUGAGGAUACGAAUACCGCGACAGGCACUGUUAUUUUUUUACGUUAAAUCUCUGCAGUGAUAGUGACUAAAACUGAAACAUAUCUCUAAACAGAUAUUGAUUCAAGCGUUUCUGUCGACGCUGCAAACACAAUGUACAAAUAUACAUGUGUAGAUAUAGAUGUAAAAUAUUAAAAGCAGAAAUUUUCGU